CAGGACUGUGGUGGAGAUUGUGCGUUUAGUGAAUGAGAAACAAACAAAAGGAGAUAUUUUUGGAGAGAGGUGGAACGACUACUGUAUUCCAGGAAUGCAGCAGAAACUGCACAGUUCUCUCCAAUAGGCUAUUCCCCCUUUCUUCUUUUGAGACUGCGAAGCAGGCCCCCACCUCCUGGGCUUGUAGGCAUGUGCCCUCGUGCCAGGCUUUCUGAGAAACUGCACUGUGUUCAGAUCAGUUUAGGAUCUGCACUUCCCUCCAUCUCAAGAGUCAGGGGGUUUUGUUGUUGCUGGAGUCAGAGCUCUCACCUUCUUGUUCAUCCUGAUCAAGUAUUUUCCUAGGUUGGUGGUUCAGGGCUUAAAGAUUCUCCACAGAUUUGAAAAUAGUCAGCUGUUACGAUUCUGACAUAUUGUGAAGCCCACUCUUCCUCCUGUUCCUCUAGAGACCCCUGGCAUGCAGUGUUCAUACUUCUCUGCAGUCUGAAGAAUUCCUUCUAGUGCCCAUUGUGGAGCCAGCUUAGUGUCCUAAGCUCCUUUAUCCUGACUUUGUCGUAGACAGUUUGUAUUCCUCCAUCAGUUAUGACAGUCAGGUAUAGUAGUCUGGGUUGGCAUCUCUGAUUUUCAGAGUUUAAAAUGUAUCAUUCCUUGCCCUUCCAGCUUUUAAAGUUUCUGUAUGAAAUCUGCUGUUGUUCUGAUAGGCCUGCCUUUAUGCAUGAUUGGGUGUUUCUCUCCUGCAUAUUGUGGUACACUUUCUGUUCUGUGUAUUUAGAGUUUUAACUGAAAUAUGAUGUGGGGAGUUUCUUUUCUGGUUCCAUCUAGUUAGUGUUCUAUAUAUGCCUGUUGUAUUGGAGAGGCCUUUCCUAAGACUUACAAAAUUCUCUGUUAUGAUUGUAUUGAAAAUAUUUUCUAUGCCUUUGACAUGAAGUUGUCCAUCUCCUGUGCUCACAAUUUAUAGAUUUUAUCUUUUUGUAGUGUUCCAAAGAUCUUGCCUGCUCUGUUCAUAUGUUUAAAAAAGUUAUCAUUGGUCAGGUGUGGUGGUGCACCCCUUUUAUCACAGCACCUGGGAGGCAGAGGCAGGCAGAUCUCUGUGAGACAAGCCUCUGAGCCUGUCUGUGAGGGGUUGUCUAGAUUGGGGUAACCAAGGUGGGAAGACCCACUGCACAUGUGGGAGUCCUAGACUGAAUCAAAGACAGACCAUGAGCUGAGCCUUCAUUUCUCACUGCUUCCUGACUGUGAUCACAGUGCCAUCCGCUGCUUCCAGCUUCCGCUGCUGUGCCUUUCCUACUGGGAUGCAGUCCCUGGCACUGUAAACAAUGAAUCUCUCUUCCCUUAAGUUGUAUUUUGUCGUAGCAACAAGACAAGUGCCUGAGCUGAGGAAGGAAAGUUUCAAAGGGCAAUCACAGUAUAGCUCAGCCUAAAGCGGAGCGAAGAUGGAGGUGUUACAGGAAGUCACUGUCUCAACCAGUUUUUUCCUGAUUCCUGGUGUUGUAUCCAGAGAACUGCACAAGAGCAAAGCAACAAGACGUUUUAUGUAACGAGAAAGAAAGCAGGAUACACUGCAAAGGACCAGCAGCCUACUUGAGCUAGAGUGCCCAAGACCAUCAGCUACUGUUUGAUAAGUCCUUUCAUGGGCUCCAGGAGUAGGAGUCUGUUGCUAAGGGAUAUGGUGUGGGUGGUUCUCUGUUUUGAUUGAUGGGCUUGAGCUCUAUAAGCCUCUCCCUACUAUGCAUGUCCUUUCCAAUGAUGCCUCUAAUUUUAAUGAUAUAUAUAGCAAACUGGGCAUAGGCAUAAGAUAGUCAGUAAAGGGGAUUUUUCCAAUAAGAUCACUAAGGGGACACAGUUUGCUUUAAUGUAUACGGAUCCAAAACCAGUCAAGGUUAGACGGGCCCAUUGUCUAUAGCUCCCAGAUAAUUCCAGGAUAUAUUUGGUAAUACAAGGGGAGUUAUCAAGGAGUUGCCAAAGGAGAGUGACCUAUUGCAUUGUUGGAAGCAGCUUGAUGCAAGUGAGGGUCCUAGAUUGCUUGGGGCAUGGUUAGGUAAGGAGUGUGUGUAUAACUCAAGUUCUAGACUUUAAGCUGUCCCUGUGCUUGACUGCCUCAGACUUUCUUGGAGGGAAGCCAUGGGGUGAGAGGAGGCAUGUAAUAGACAUACUCUCUGAUGUGUUCCAUAGUGAGGAAAGUGGUAGGAAAUUUUGGGGGAUUUGAUAUAAGUAUAUUAGUUACUUUUCUAUUGCUGUGAUAAGACAUCAUGACUAAGGCAACUUAUAGACGAGUUUAUUUGGGGCUUACAGUUUCAGAGGGUUAGAGGCUAUGAUAGCAGAGCUGAGGUAGCAGGCAGCAGGGGCAGGGGCAGCAGCUGAGAGCUCACAUCUCAAAGCCCACUAUGGUAGUAGAAUAUAAUUGGCCCCCAUAAGCUCAUAGAGUGUGGCUUUGUUGGAGUAGGUGUGGCUUUGUUGGAGUAGGUGUGGCAUUGUUGGAGGAAGUGUGUCACUGUGGAGGUGAGCUUUGAGGUCUCAUAUAUGCUCAAACCAUUCCCAGUGUCUCAGUUUACUUCCUGUUGCCUGCACAAGAUGUAAAACUCUCAGCUACCUCUCCAGCACCAUGUCUGCUUACACACUGCCAUGUCCCACCAUGAUGAUAAUGGACUAAACCUCUGAACUGUAAUUAAAUAACAGUUAAAUUAAUACACCCAAUUAAAUGUUUUACUUUAUAAGAGUUGAUGUGGUCAUGGUUUCUCUUCACAGCUAUAGAAACCCUAACUAAGAAACCCAUCCCCCAGAGACACAUCUUCUCCAACAAGGCCACACCCCCUAAUCAUUCCCAAACAGUUUCCCCAACAGGGGACCAAGUAUUUAAACAUAUGAGCCUGGGGGCAUUCUCAUUCAAACCACCACAAUAAGCAAUAGUAUAUUGAAAAGUAACCUAAUAACAAUAACUAUUACUUACAAGAAAAAAAUACAACUGUCAUAGCACAAUAACCAUAAUAACUUGUGGCUCAGCUGGAUAUUCAUGUAACUGUGAGGGGAGGGGGGAAGGGAGGGUGUGAGAUGCUUAAAUCUCAUCCAGCUUAACAGGAUAGUCAUAUUUCGUGAAACUGAUGUGUUAUUCAGAGGCAUGGAACAGAAUAUUAGAUUAGCUAAAACAGUUGAUUCCCCCCUCCCAUAGAAAGUGAGUUUGGGGGUUAAUGUAGUAGGAUUUGAUAUAAGACUAUUUGGUAAAAGAUUAUUCUAAAAAUUUUAUGAUAGUAUAUUAUUUUCAGUUUUUAAAAAGCUAAGGGCUGGAGAGAUGGCUCAGUGUUAAGACCACGGACUGCUUUUGCAGAGGUGAAGGGUUUGAAAUCCAGCACCCACAUGAUAGCUCACAGGUCUGCAACUCCAGUCUCAGGAGAUCUCACACCCUCUUCUGGCCUCCACAGGCACUGCAUGCACAUGUUGGCAUAGACAUACAUGAAGGCAAAGGACUUACACACAUAAAAAUAAAUAAUGAUUUUUAAAAGUUAAACUUAUUGUGUGUGUAUGUACAUGUGUGCAUGCAUGUGCAUGUGAGUGUGUGUUGUGGAGACCAGGGGAGUCAGUUCUUCCACCAAAGGGACCGAGGGAUUAACUUGGUUUGUCAGAUUUGGUAGCAAGUGCCUUUACCUACUGAGCCAUCUCACCAGCUCUGUCUGCAGUUUAGAAGGAGGGAAAGUUUGACACAUCCUACAUUGUAUUGAAGACCUUGUAGUAGGUCAAGUUUACCAAACACGAAAGGACAAACACUGUGUGAUUCUACUUGUGUGAAGGACCCAGGAUAGGCAAGGUCAUAGAAAGAAAGUCGAAUAGUAGUUGUAGAGGCUGGGGAGAACAGGAGCAGGGAGUGGUCCUUAAUGAGUACAGUUUCAGUUGAGGGAGAUAAAGGCAUUCUGAAGAGGAAAGGUGGGGAUUGAAUGUAUUCAGUGCCUCUUGCCUAAACACUUAUACAUAUUUUACUACAAUAGAAAGUAACUCAAAGAAAAAAAGUGGAUGGGCAUGGUGGCUCAUGUCUGUAAUUCUAGCACUUGGGAAUUGGAGGCAGGAAGAUCAGAGUUCAAGGUCAUCCUGAAGUACAUAGCAAGUUUGAGGUCAGCCUGGGCUAUAUGCUCAAAAAAGAAAAAAGAAAAAAAAAAACACUACUGUUGUGGUGGUUUGAAAGAAAAUGACCCCUAAAAGGAAUGGCACUAUCAGGAGGUGUGGCCUUAUUGGAGGAAGCGUGUCACUGUGGGGGUGGGCUUUGAGAUCUCUCUUGCUCAAGCUUCCCUCAGUGUGACAUCUAGUCAAGUUCCUGUUGCCUCUGAGUUAAGAGGUAGGAUCCUCAGCUCCAACACCAUGUCUGCCUGCACGCUGCCAUGCUCCCCACCAUGAUGAUAAUGGACUGAACCUCUGAAAAUUACGAGAUGAGAACAGAAGCACGGCGAAAGAAUCUCCUCAUUUUGAUUUUGCAUUAUUUAACACAAGAAGGCUAUGUCGAUUCGGCUAAUGCUCUGGAGGAGGAGUCUAAGCUGGGAUUACGGCGCUUUGAAGUUUGUGACAAUGUUGACCUGGAAACAAUUUUGAUGGAAUAUGAGAGCUAUUAUUUUGUAAAGUUCCAGAAGUACCCCAAAAUGGUUAAGAAGGUGCCAGACCCAGAAAACAAUUUACCACCAAAAAAUGGAGGGAAGAACAAAAGGAUGACAAAUGACAAUUGUCAAAAUCUCCCCAAGAUAUAUCAGCAGCGGCUACGACCUAAAACCUCAACAGGGAAGACAGGGGACACCAAAUCUGUCAAGGAACAUCCUAAACAGGACAGUGUCAAUAAUGCCCAAGUAGAGAGUGCUGACUUUGGCCUAAACAUAUCAAAAAUCCACAAAGACGGCACCGAGGAAAAGGCCCACCCACGAAGAGGCCAAAUCAUUGACUUCCGGGGGCUGCUCACAGAUGCCAUCAAAGGAGCCACCAAUGAACUUGCCUUGAACACUUUCGAGUGUAACCCAGACCCUUCAGAACGAUUGCUGAAACCUCUGAGUGCAUUUAUUGGCAUGAACAGUGAGAUGCGAGAAUUGGCAGCCGUGGUGAGCCGGGACAUUUAUCUCCAUGAUCCCAACAUAAAGUGGAAUGACAUUAUUGGACUGGACGCGGCCAAGCAGUUAGUCAAAGAAGCCAUUGUGUACCCAAUACGGUACCCACAGCUCUUUACAGGAAUUCUCUCCCCUUGGAAAGGACUGCUGCUUUACGGCCCUCCAGGUACAGGAAAGACGUUACUGGCCAAAGCGGUGGCCACUGAGUGCAAAACGACCUUCUUUAACAUUUCCGCAUCUACCAUUGUCAGCAAAUGGAGAGGAGAUUCAGAGAAACUCGUCCGGGUGCUGUUUGAACUUGCCCGCUAUCAUGCCCCCUCCACGAUCUUCCUGGAUGAGCUGGAAUCUGUGAUGAGUCAGAGAGGCAUGACUCCUGGAGCAGAGCACGAAGGAAGCCUUCGGAUGAAGACGGAGCUACUGGUGCAGAUGGACGGGUUGGCCCACUCGGAGGAUCUCGUGUUUGUCUUAGCGGCGUCUAACCUGCCAUGGGAGCUGGACUGUGCCAUGUUACGGCGCCUAGAGAAGAGGAUUCUGGUUGGUCUCCCCAGCCAAGAGGCCAGACAAGCCAUGAUCUACCACUGGCUGCCCCCUGUGAGCAAGAGCCAUGCCCUGGAGCUGCACACAGAGCUGGAGUACAACGUGCUGAGCCAGGAGACAGAGGGCUACUCAGGCUCUGACAUUAAGCUAGUCUGCAGGGAGGCAGCCAUGAGGCCUGUGAGAAAGAUCUUCAAUGUGCUUGAAAAUCACCAGUCAGAAAGCAGCAAUUUACCUGGGAUCCAGCUGGAUACCGUGACCACAGAGGACUUUUUGGAUGUGUUGGCUCACACCAAGCCUUCAGCAAAGAAUCUGAGUGAGAGAUACUUGGACUGGCAAGAGAAGUUUGAGUCUGUGUAAAGCUGCACUCAGCCAGACCUGGCCAGAGGCAGCGAGAGCCUCCACAGUGUGACUAGGAUGGAAGGGAAGAGAUUAUCCUUGAACGCUGCAUGAAUUUGGACAGCUGUAUUAUUUUGGAAACGUGAGAUCUUGUGUCAUGGGUGUCAGCAAAGGGAAGAUUUGGGUUGCAAGUCAGGCAAUGGAGGUUUUUCUCACAAUUCGACUAUAAAAUUUUGAAGAAGUU